AUGUUAGUGGAAGAAAAGCUGCAAGCUCAGUUUCCAGACACCGUCUACACGGCACUGGCACCACCAGACCGUCAUCCCGGAUUCAACUACAAGGGUUUCCAUCCAGGCCGGGUUACCCGACUUCCGAGGGGCCAUGUUAAGGAACCUGGAUAUCAGGCAUUCCCUGUGGAUGUGACUUGGGAAGAAGACCAAGCAAUUCCCAUGCGUGAUGGCGUAAAGCUGUAUGCAGAUAUUUUUCGUCCCGCUAAUGAGAGUGAGAAGGUUCCCACUAUCAUACCCUGGAGCCCAUAUGGGAAGGUCGGGACCAGUACUCUCAGCUACGAUAAUAUGGGGCCAUGGCGAAUCGGCAUUCCGUACCAGAAUCUUAGCGGAUAUGAGACCUUUGAAGAAGCAGUUGAUAUCUAUGAUACGAUCAGCUGGAUAGCCCAGCAGCCAUGGUGCAAUGGAUCAGUAGUUAUGGCGGGAAACUCUUGGUUGGCUAUUUCACAGCUCAACUUUGCGUCCCGCUUCCAGCACCCAAAUCUGAAAGCAAUCGCCCCAUGGGAAGGGUUGACGGAUCUCUAUGCUCAUCAGAUAUGUCGUGGAGGAAUCCCAAGGCCUGCAUUUGGUGAAUUGGUCCUCCAUGGAUUGGCAGGACUUGGGAAGGCAGAGAAUAUUGGUGCCAUGUUAAAAUCUCGCCCAUUGUGUGACGAAUACUGGGAGGGAAAGCGAAUCAAACCAGAGGGUAUCAAAGACGUUCCAAUGUAUCUGACAGCCUCCUACUCGACCGGUCUACACUGCGACGGUUCCUUCAGAGCAUUUGAAGCAGCACAGACAUCUCGGAAAUGGCUACGCGUGCACUCAACGCAAGAAUGGCAUGACCUAUACAGACCAGAAGCCACAGAUGACCUGCAGCGCUUCUACGAUUACUAUGCCAAAGGUAUCCAAAACGGGUGGGAGACGGAAACGCCCCGUGUGCGCCUGACCCUAUUGGGAUACGAUGGUAGUAUUGCGAAAACAAUUGUCGAGCGCCCUGAAGAGCAGUGGCCUCCGGCAGGGCAACACAUCCGUCGCUAUUACCUGGACGCUGCUACUCAAUCCUUUAGCACAGCCAAGCCUGUUAACUCUGCCAGCAUUACUCACGAAGGACAUUCAUUGAUAGCCUCCUCGGAUUUCACUCUUAUCUUCGAUAAAUACACCGAACUAUGCGGACGUCCCUUUGUGAAGCUUUACAUGUCUUGCGAUGUGAAGGAUGACUUUGAUGUUGUGGUGCAGAUCCGCAAGAUCUCUGCGUCCGGAGAGCUUCUCGAGUCACUUAACUGGUCGCCGAUGCCUGUACCAGGGCCGAAGGUCCCUAAUGUCAAUGUCGCAAAGCAUUUAGGGCAGCAGGGUAUGCUCCGAGCCUCGCACCACGUGAGCCUACAGCCCCGAGCCUGCGAAGAUGAGGUGCCAGUGUAUAAUCACCGGAGGCGCGAAGCGAUUUCUCCUGGAGAGAUCGUUCCCCUUCUGAUCCCAAUAUGGCCCCUGGGUGUGGUCUUUGAGGCCGGUGAAGGCUUGACCCUGCGAAUCUCCGGUCAUGAUAUGUCACUCACGGAAGCAGAAUCCAUGAGAUUGACAGCUCCAGUAGAUGAUAAUGAAGGGCAGCACACCGUGUAUACUGGUGGGGAGUAUGAGAGCUAUCUUGCGAUUCCAGUGAUCAAAGGAUAG